AUGAAAGCUGACACAAUAGGUCGAGUAUACACUGUACAUCCAAACAAUGCCGAAUGUUUCUAUCUCCGGAUGUUGUUACACGAAAUACGGGGACCAACAAGUUUCACAGAUCUAAGGACUAUUAACGGCUACCUAUGCCAGACGUACAGAGAAGCAUGUCAACGCUUAGGAUUAUUGGAAAACGAUAACCACUGGGAAUUAACACUACAAGAAGCUACACUCACAGCUUCAGCUGAACAACUUCGGGAGUUAUUCGCCAUAAUUCUAACAACAUGUAACCCAUCAAACCCAAAACGACUAUGGGACGCUUUCAAGAGGAGUAUGAGUGAUGAUAUAUUGUACCAAAUCCGACAAACUAAUCCAGAACUGACUAUAGAAUUCAAUGAUGACAUCUUCAAUGAAACACUCAUUCGCUUAGAAGAUAAAUUAGAUUAG